AUGACGACCUUCAACGACUUUGGCAUUUUUGCGGGUGAAAAGCUGAUUGAAGACCGCACCUUUGGCCUGGUAACCGCCACCAACGAUGUCAACGGCUCCUGGAUCCUCACACAGUUUGUGAAGCGACUGGGACGCCAUGACAAGGUGAUACUCAUCACCAGCAUGAACGACGAGGAAUUCUACAUUGAGGCUCUCAGACGCCAGGGAAUCAAGCUGCAGGCGCUGCCCAAUGUGAGAAUUGUGUCGCUGCUGGGCAAGAACCCCGAAAACCUGUGCCAGUACGCGGACAAGGACGCUGUCGUGAUUUUGGAGAACCCCGAUCUGUGGUCUGCAGAAGGUUCCAUGGAAGUCCAGGACAUGGUCAAGACGAUAUUCCAGAUUCAGCAGGUAUCCAAGGCCGUCAUGUGCUUGAUACAGGCCGAUUCACCUCUUUUGGAAACUGACUCCUCUCUGUUGGCUACCAACCACACCAAUCUCGGAAUCCAGUUAUUGCACCAGACGAACUACAUUAUCACCCUGAGACCGCUGCCUACUGGACGAGCCGAAGAUGUAACCGGUACUCUGCAUGUGUCUAGGGGUACCAGGCCGACCAACGUGACUGUCGACGAGAAGGAGUAUCUCUACUUUAUCAAGGGUGAACAGGUCAAAAUUACUCCCAGAUAA